AUGACGGGAGUUACAGAGCCUACUUUGGAAAAGCCGGUGGAUGCCCUUGAUUCAGAGGAUGAAGAGGAUGAGGAUAUUGACCAAUUGAUUGAGGAUUUACAAUCUAAUCAUGGGAUAGAUGAUGAUGAGCUUGGAGAGGACAGCGCUGGAGGUUCUGCCAGACCGGUUCCCGAAGAAUUGCUGCAAACCGAUCCAUCUUAUGGUUUAACUUCUGAUGAGGUUGUUAAACGUAGGAAGAAGUAUGGUUUGAACCAAAUGGCUGAGGAACACGAGUCCUUAAUUGUGAAGUUUUUGAUGUUUUUCAUUGGUCCUAUUCAGUUUGUCAUGGAGGCCGCUGCUAUAUUGGCAGCUGGUUUGGAGGCCUGGAUUGAUUUUGGUGUUAUUUGUGGUUUGUUAUUGUUGAAUGCUGGUGUUGGUUUUAUACAGGAGUACCAAGCUGGAUCCAUUGUCGAAGAGUUGAAGAAGACUUUGGCCAACUCUGCUAUCGUCAUUAGAGACGGUAACUUGGUUGAAAUCCCUGCCAAUGAGGUUGUUCCAGGUGAUAUUUUGCAAUUGGAAGAUGGUACGGUCAUCCCUGCUGAUGGUCGUUUGGUUACUGAAGGUUGUUUCAUCCAGAUCGACCAGUCUGCUAUAACUGGUGAAUCCUUGGCUGUAGACAAGAGAUAUGGUGAUGCUACCUUCUCUUCUUCAACUGUCAAGAGAGGUGAGGGUUUCAUGAUUGUCACUGCCACUGGUGACAACACCUUCGUUGGUAAAGCUGCAGCUUUGGUUAACAAGGCUGCAGCUGGUAGCGGUCACUUUACCGAAGUGUUGAACGGUAUUGGUACUAUCUUAUUGGUUUUGGUCAUUUUUACCUUGUUAGUUGUUUGGGUCGCGUCUUUCUACAGGUCUAACGGUACCGUUAGAAUCUUGAGAUACACCCUGGCUAUUACGAUUGUUGGUGUUCCAGUUGGUUUACCUGCAGUUGUCACCACAACUAUGGCUGUUGGUGCCGCCUACUUGGCCAAAAAGAAGGCUAUUGUUCAAAAGUUGUCUGCAAUUGAGUCCUUGGCUGGUGUGGAGAUCUUAUGUUCCGACAAGACCGGUACUUUGACCAAGAACAAGUUGUCAUUGCACGAACCUUACACUGUUGAGGGCGUUGAUCCAGAUGAUUUGAUGUUGACUGCUUGUUUAGCUGCCUCAAGAAAGAAGAAAGGUUUGGAUGCUAUUGACAAAGCUUUCUUGAAGUCUUUGAUUAGCUACCCAAGAGCAAAAGCUGCUUUGACUAAAUACAAGGUUUUGGAGUUCCAUCCAUUCGACCCAGUUUCUAAGAAGGUUACUGCUAUCGUUGAAUCCCCAGAGGGUGAAAGAAUUGUUUGUGUUAAGGGUGCUCCUCUAUUUGUUUUGAAAACUGUUGAGGAGAACCAUUUGGUUCCAGAAGAUAUCAAGGAGAAUUACGAAAACAAGGUUGCUGAAUUGGCUUCUAGAGGCUUCAGAGCUCUAGGUGUUGCCAGAAAGAGAGGUGAAGGUCACUGGGAAAUUUUGGGUGUUAUGCCAUGUAUGGAUCCUCCAAGAGACGACACUGCUCAAACUGUCAAUGAAGCUAGACACUUGGGUUUGAGCGUCAAGAUGUUGACCGGUGAUGCUGUUGGUAUUGCAAAAGAGACUUGUAGACAAUUGGGUUUGGGUACUAACAUUUACAAUGCUGAAAGAUUAGGUCUAGGUGGUGGCGGUGAUAUGCCAGGUUCCGAAUUGGCCGAUUUCGUUGAAAAUGCUGAUGGAUUUGCUGAAGUUUUCCCACAACACAAGUAUAAUGUUGUUGAAAUCCUGCAACAAAGAGGUUACUUGGUUGCCAUGACUGGUGAUGGUGUUAAUGAUGCUCCUUCUUUGAAGAAGGCUGACACUGGUAUUGCUGUUGAAGGUGCUACUGAUGCCGCCAGAUCUGCUGCUGAUAUUGUGUUUUUGGCCCCUGGUUUAUCUGCUAUUAUUGAUGCUUUGAAGACUUCCAGGCAAAUUUUCCACAGAAUGUAUUCUUAUGUUGUUUACCGUAUUGCCUUGUCUUUGCACUUGGAGAUCUUCUUUGGUCUAUGGAUUGCCAUCUUGAACCGUUCUAUGAACAUUGAAUUGGUUGUGUUCAUUGCCAUUUUUGCCGACGUCGCUACUUUGGCUAUUGCUUACGACAACGCUCCAUAUGACCCUAAGCCAGUCAAGUGGAACCUACCCAGAUUAUGGGGUAUGUCCGUCAUUUUGGGUAUUAUCUUAGCGAUUGGUUCCUGGAUUACAUUGACCACUAUGUUCGUGAAGAGGCAUGGUAUCAUCGAGAACUUUGGUUCUAUUGACGGUGUCUUGUUCCUUCAAAUCUCUUUGACUGAAAACUGGUUGAUCUUCAUUACCAGAGCUGCUGGUCCAUUCUGGACUUCUGUCCCAUCAUGGCAAUUGUCUGGUGCUGUGUUCCUAGUUGACAUUAUUGCUACCCUCUUUACAGUAUUCGGCUGGCGGUCUCAGAACUCGAGCGACAUCGUCACCGUUGUCAGAGUCUGGGUCUUCUCUUUUGGUGUGUUCUGUGCCAUGGGUGGUGCUUAUUACUUAAUGUUCACCUCAGAGUCUUUCGACAGAUUAAUGAAUGGUAAACCAUUAAGAGAGAAGCCAUCUGGCAGGUCUGUUGAAGAUUUCUUGGUUGCCAUGCAAAGAGUCUCUACCCAGCACGAAAAGGACAACUAA